AUGGAGACCAAAACUCACAUAGCCAUAGUUACAGUUCCUGUUUAUAGUCAUCUACGUUCAAUUCUUGAAUUCGCCAAGAAAUUGAUUAAUCUAGACAAAAACAUUCAUGUCACAUGCAUCAACCCAAUAUUUGGUUCACCAUUCAACAAUGUCAAAUCUCUAUUUGAAACUCUUCCAUCAACCAUUAACUACAUUUUUCUUCCAUCAAUAAAUUUAGAAGACUUACCAAAAGAUAUUCACCCUGCCCUCAAAGUUCAAGCCACUAUAUAUCGUUCCAUUCCUAUAAUUUAUGAUGCAUUAAACACAUUACAUUCUAGUUCAAAACUUGUUGCUAUUGUUGCUGACGGUUUAAUAACCGAAGCGUUACCAUUAGCUAAAAAACUCAAUAUUUUGGCCUAUUCAUAUUUUCCAUCCACUACUAUGUUACUAUCACUUUGUUUAUAUUCUUCCAAGCUAGACAAAAAAAUUUGUUCCGAGUACAAAGAACUAUUAGAACCUUUAGAAAUUCCGGGUUGCAUACCGAUUAAUGGUAGCGAUCUUCCUGACCCUAUGCAAGAUCGAUCGGGCGAAGCGUACAAGGUUUUUUUGGAAGCUAAUGAUAGAUUUUAUUUAGCUGAUGGUAUAAUGAUUAAUAGCUUUCUUGAGCUUGAAGAAAUUACCAUAAAAGCUUUGCAACAAAAAGAGGGUGAAGGAAUUCCUUCUAUAUAUCCAAUUGGACCUUUUAUACAAAAUAAUGUUUCAUGUGAUAAUAAGGGAAUUAGUGAUAGUGAAUAUUUUAGAUGGUUGGAUAAGCAUGAAGAAAAAUCCAUUUUAUAUGUUUCAUUUGGAAGUGGUGGAACACUUUGUAAUGAUCAAAUAAUUGAGCUUGCAUAUGGAUUAGAAUUGAGUGGUCAAAAUUUUUUGUGGGUUUUAAGGCCACCAAAUAAAUUUGGUGUUAUUGAUGACAUUGGUAGUGAUGAAAAUGAAGAAGAUGUUUUUCAAUUUUUACCAAAUGGUUUCUUGGAAAGAACAAAAGGGAAAGGUUUUGUAGUUCCAUAUUGGGCACCUCAAAUUGAAAUUCUUGGUCAUAGUUCAAUUGGUGGGUUUUUAUCACAUUGUGGUUGGAAUUCAACACUAGAGAGUGUUGUAAAUGGAAUUCCAUUAAUUGCAUGGCCACUUUUUGCUGAACAAAAGAUGAAUGCUGCUUUGGUAACUGAUGGUUUGAAAGUGGCAAUUAGGCCUAAACUUAAUGAGAAAGGUAUAGUGGAAAGGAGAGAGAUUGAUAAGGUUGUAAAUAAUUUAAUGGUAGGUGAAGAAGGAAAGGAAAUUAGACAAAGAAUGGAAAAGUUGAAAGGUGGUGCUAUUGAUGCUUUGAAGGAAAAUGGAUCUUCAACAAGGACACUUACACAAUUGGCAUUAAAAUGGAAAAGUUUAGGGGUCACAUUGGAGAACUAA